AUGAUCACCGGGCGGGAAAUGCGAUUGCCUUCGGACGCCUCACUACCCGCUCCGAACCCCGAGCCGCUGUACGCCACCCCCUUUAUACGUCGCCUCCAGUCCAGCAUUGAACGGGGUCACCGACUGGCCAGACUGCACUUGCAAGCUGCCCAACGAUACCAAAAGGCGUACUUCAACCACCGUGCCAACCAAGCAACAUAUCGACCCGGCGAGCGAGUGUGGUUAUCAGAGCCCGCAGCCCCGGGCGGUGUCCCGACUAAACUACACCGACAGUGGAAAGGCCCCUUUGUGGUUCAGGAAGUCCUCUCGGACAGAACCGUGCGACUCACCCUGCCCAGCCGCCCCCAGUGGUCCACUGUUGUGCACAUCAACCGACUGAAGCCAGGAAACCACAUCACUGACAGCGCUGAGGACAGCGCCAUUCUACGAGGGGUGUGUGUGUAA